UCUGCUGCAGCCUCAGAGCGAGACAGACAUAGUCAGGCCCAGAAUAUAUGAAAAAUGAUUGAAAAAAUUUGAAAAAAUAAUAAAACAACAGAUCGAGGGGAGAAAGACCGUGAAAGGUGGCGUGGGGUCUCCCACGGUAGGUUUGCGAAAAGUCGGUGAUGGAAUGUUACCGGGGUUCCAUGAGAAAUUGACUAAUGCGGCGCUGGAAACUUUUUGGGGAAUAAAGAUGCAGAGAAGCAUUUCCUACUCACCUCCAACCAUAGCCGUUGGGACUGGCAGACAUUGACAACAACAGCACUAUCUAGACCGUAGCCCCCCCCCUACGGCCUACCCGGCCCCGCCUGGAGCCACGCCCUUCACUGCACCCCACCACUGCCCACGUAGAGCCUGGAAGGCAGGGGAGCCACGGCCGGGAUUUCAUGGCAACAGCACCCUAGGGCUGCCAUGGCAGCUGCUGCCGCCGAUGCCCCACGCCAUAUUACCGCACUGACGCCGGAGGACGAGGAAGGAAGAGCCGCUGCCAAGCUGUACGGAGGCACUACCCUGCCACGGACAGAGAGAGAGAGAGAAGGAGAGAGGGAAGAGCGAGCCAGUGGGACUUUGUUUGGUUCCCAGGAUAAACUUCGGCUUCACGCUUUCUGUCACACGGGAGAGAAACCCUUCCACUGCUCCCAGCCACACUGCACGAAGGCCUUCAGCUCCAAAUAUAAACUGUUCAGGCAUAUGGCCACACACUCUCCGCAGAAAACUCACCAGUGCUCGUUCUGCGAGAAAAUGUUUCACCGCAAAGAUCACCUGAAGAACCACCUGCAGACCCAUGACCCCAACAAAGAGGCCUUCAAGUGUGAGGAAUGUGGCAAGCACUACAACACCAAGCUGGGCUACAAGCGUCAUGUGGCCAUGCAUUCAGCCACGGCUGGGGACCUCACCUGUAAGGUGUGCCUGCAGAGCUACGAGACUACCCCUGCCCUGCUGGAGCAUCUCAAGAGCCACUCGGGCAAGUCCUCCGGAGGUGCCAAGGAGAAGAAGCACCCGUGUGACCACUGUGACCGCCGCUUCUACACACGGAAGGACGUGCGUCGCCACAUGGUGGUCCACACCGGCAGAAAGGACUUCCUGUGUCAGUACUGCGCCCAGCGCUUCGGCAGGAAGGACCACCUGACGCGGCAUGUGAAGAAGAGCCACUCUCAGGAGCUGCUGAAGAUAAAGACGGAGCCUCCGGACAUGCUAGGCAUGCUGGGCUCUGGCUCCUCCCCCUGCACUGUCAAAGAGGAGCUCAGCCCCAUGAUGUGCAGCAUGGGUUCCAACAAAGACCCCAUGCUGGCCAAGCCGUUCCCCAGCGGCACCUCCUUCCCCAUGGGCAUGUACAACCCCCACCACCUCCAGGCCAUGUCCAACCCUGGGGUGGGCCACCACCACUCUCUGAUGCCUGGCUCCUUGUCCACUGCCAUGGGGAUGGGCUGCCACAUGGAGCCCCCCCUCCACCACCCCCAUCACCCGCACCACCACCACCACCACCACUACCAUCACCACCACAUCCAACACUCUCCCCCGCUGCCCCACCUGCAGCAGCCCCAACAGCACCAGCAGCAACAGCAUGCCCAGCCGCCGCCCAAGUACCAGCUGGGAUCUACCUCAUACCUGCUGGACAAGCCUCUCAAAGUGGAGAUGGAGAGCUUUCUCAUGGAUCUGCAGAGUGGGCUGCCGGGCCACCACUCAGGCGAUCAUCAUCAUGCUGCUUCCUCGCCCCCCAAGGAGGGACUAGAGCACCCCUCAGGCCUCACAGACGAGCUGUGUGGGGACCCCCUCCUGUCCAAGAGCCCUGCUGUCAUCGCUGAGGCUCUGUGCGCUGCUAACAUGGACUUCUCUCACCUGCUGGGCUUCCUGCCCCUCAACCUGCCCCCCAACCUGCCCCCAUACAACGCCCCCAUGAGCACAGCAGGGCUUGUCAUGAGCUACACCUCGUCUACCCCUGCCUCCUCCUCUUCCUCCUCUUCGUCAUCCUCAUCCUUGCAUGCUGCCGAGCCCCACACCGUUGCCACAGCUGCAGCCGCACCUCUUACCUCUUUGCAACCUCAACCUCAGGAGCAGCAGGGUUCCAGCGGGUGCCUGGGUCUAGGGCCCCUGCACACUCUCCCGCCAGUGUUUAGCUCCAGCCUCAGCACGACCACCCUGCCUCGCUUUCACCAGGCCUUCCAAUGAGGGGCCACCAGGCCUGGCCCGGUCCCUACCCCUUCAUCCUCAGCUCACUGCCUGGGCGCCCAAGGUCCAUGGGCCUGCUGGCCGCAAGGACGGUGAUAAAAACACAUGAACACUUAGAAGCCUUAAUUGAAUCACACAAAAGCUUUUGAUUAGAGAAAACAGAACCCUUUAUUGAAAUAAAAGGGAAAAGAUGAGACAUUUUAAAACAAAACUUUCUUUCUAUCUUUUAGUUAUAACCUCUCCCACCAACCUAUCUCCCUGAUCCAUGAUCCCCUCUCCCACCAACCUAUCUCCCUGAUCCAUGAUCCCCUCUCCCACCAACCUAUCUCCCUGAUCCAUGAUCCCCUCUCCCUUUAUUAUGUAGGUAGUAGGCAGCAUCAGUAGGCCUGAAGGCAUGGUACUGCUACUUUAUAAAGUAAUAAUAUUAGGAAAAAAAUCAAAGAUUAAUUUUAGAGAAGAUGUUUUGAAGUGGAUGAAAUAUAAUUUUCUUGCUUUUCCAAAUGUGACUGAACAUGCUAGAUUGUCUCACCUAUGAGUGUAAAGGUCUGAACCACCUGCCCAGAAACACACCCUGUCUGUCAUCAUCGCCGUCAGGGGGAAAACACACCCUGUCUGUCAUCAUCGCCGUCAGGGGGAAAACACACCCUGUCUGUCAUCAUCGCCGUCAGGGGGAAAACACACCCUGUCUGUCAUCAUCACCGUCAGGGGGAAAACACACCCUGUCUGUCAUCAUCACCGUCAGGGGGAAAACACACCCUGUCUGUCAUCAUCCCCGUCAGGGGGAAACACACCCUGUCUGUCAUCAUCACCGUCAGGGGAAAACACACCCUGUCUGUCAUCAUCACCGUCAGGGGAAACGCACCCUGUCUGUCAUCAUCACCGUCAAGGGGAAAAUACACCCUGUCUGUCAUCAUCACCGUCAGGGGGAAACACACCCUGUCUGUCAUCAUCACCGUCAGGGGGAAAACACACCCUGUCUGUCAUCAUCCCCGUGAGGGGAAAACACACCCUGUCUGUCAUCAUCCCCGUGAGGGGGAAACACACCCUGUCUGUCAUCAUCACCGUCAGGGGGAAAACACACCCUGUCUGUCAUCAUCCCCGUGAGGGGGAAACACACCCUGUCUGUCAUCAUCACCGUCAGGGGGAAAACACACCCUGUCUGUCAUCAUCCCCGUGAGGGGAAAGAUUAAUGAAGGAAUGAAGUGAUAAUGCCCCGCCAACAUUGCCCUCCUCCAAUAGGCCAGCAUUGCCCUCCUCCAAUAGGCCAGCAUUGCCCUCCUCCAAUAGGCCAACAUUGCCCUCCUCCAAUAGGCCAGCAUUGCCCUCCUCCAAUAGGCCAACAUUGCCCUCCUCCAAUAGGCCAACAUUGCCUUCCUCCAAUAGGCCAACAUUGCCCUCCUCCAAUAGGCCAACAUUGCCCUCCUCCAAUAGGCCAACAUUGCCCUCCUCCAAUAGGCCAACAUUGCCCUCCUCCAAUAGGCUACAACCACACUAAAAAUAUCUCAGAGAAAGACUCGAACAACUGAUUAAUGUUAUGACUCAUAGAGGCAGAUCAGUUGUCCAGAAAGUAUAAAACAGAGUUGAUUAACAUUGAUAACCAACGCUGCCAAACACAGCGACCAGCGACAUAUUUAAUGACAAAGAUAUGUGAAAACAUCUGAGUCGUUAGAAAACAUGCCAAGUCAUGCUGGUUUUAUCUUGUUUUUCUAGAGAAGCAUUUUUUUUUUUUUGCAGAAGGCUCUUCACCUUUCAGAAUCUCUUUGGCUAACCCUCAGUGAUGAUGACCCUGUUUGGUUAAAAAAACAAACUGUAAAAGCUGCUCUUGAAAACAGGUCAUUACCAGUAUUUGACUCAUGAUGAUUUUCCUUCCUUAAACUGUCUUCCUUCCAGUAUUUGUUUUAAGAAGUCUCCAUGGUAACAAUAUGCCACACAUUACUGAUAUGUAUUUUUUGGGGGAAGAAAACAAAUAUAUUUUCUCUCUGUUAGAGAUGCAUGGCAAUAACCACCCUGACAUAUGUGAAUAGCAAACAAAGAUGACAACGAUGACAUUGAGGAAAACGUGUGAAAGAAUGUUAUUGCAGUGUACAACAUAUCUCAUCAAAAAUGAAUAUUAUAAUUGCUUUUAUCUCAGUAAGGUGUAUUUAGGAAGACAUGUUAAAACAAAGUGACGAUGUUUUUUUAAUGUCUGGCAGGUUUAUUGUAUCUGACAUUUUAUUGCUCAAAAAAGGAUGAAGUAUUAGCUUUGCUCUUUAGCUUUUCUCCGCUGUAUUCAUUCUUCAACCUUUAUCCUUACCUUUACCUUUACCUUUACCUCUAUCUUUACCUUUAUCUACUUGAGUUAGUAGCAGAAAGUUGGAUUGUGGAUUUGAUGUUUUAUUAGGCUGUUAGUGGAAUAGUAAUGAAUUAGCAGUCGACAUAGAUAACAUUGAUAGACUCUCCAGUUUCAAUUCAUUCUCUACUUUCUCAGUAUGAAACCCAACCUGACCCUAAGUAAACGAAGCGAUACGAUUUUAGAUGCCUUUUUUUUUUCAUAUUCACGAGCCUUUUGAAAACUUAAGCCCAAAGUUAUAAAACUAUAACAGGUGCUCUUAUGUGUGUCCCGUGAGUUAUGUUUGUAGGAUGGACAACGUUAAAAGAUAGAUAGAUUCUGCCUGGAGAGUACAAGGACUAAACAUUACGGUAUGAAUAUCAUCCUCUUGGUUUGCAACUUGUCUCAAACCCCUUGACUUUGUCUGUUUGAGUACUGAGCCCAGUCCACAGGCAUCUAUUAGUGAAUACGUAGUUUCAAGUAUAAGUCAAGUAGACAUUUUUUUAAAAGAAAUACAAACGUAAGGAAAAUAAAACACACGGCUGCUUUUAGCUAUGGUUGCCCAGCGACUGUAGAGCACUAGAACAUUUCAGUAGUUCCGAUUUGAAGUGUUUCCCUUCCUCUCCUCUACUCAUCCUCACUCAGCUGCUUCCUAGAUUCAAGAGAAAAGAGUCUAUCUAAAAAAAAAAGGACAAUAUCCAGAACAGACAAGUCACCAGCCUGCUCUUUGACAUUCAAAGCAUGGGACGCCUGACUGGGAUAUUUCUUAGUCGUUUUUGUUGUUGUUGUCAUAUGCUAUAUUACUUUCUGUUUGUUAUAACAGGACCUCGAAACAACACAACACAUCACCUCAUUUUGUUAUUUUUUUUUUCUUACCAAAACCCGGAGAGAGGAAACUACAAAUCUUGCACAAAAUUGCUCAUUAAAAUCCAUGUUGUAUUAUUAUUUGGAUUUAAAGUUCAUGUUUGUUUGGCUGUUACAAAUAGUGCCACUGCCAACCAAUGCUUGUGAGGUAAUAAGUGCAGGUAUGUUCAAGUUGACACCUACCAGUCUAUCCCUGGAAAAUCAUCCUCUAGGCUGAUACAUUGUCUAAACUAUGAACAUUUAAUGAUUGAUCAUGAUACAUGCGAUUCUUACAUUUUAAAGAGUUUGACUGUUUCUUACAGAGGAAAUUGGAUAUAAAUAUUGACAUAAAAUGUUUAAAAAAAGAAAGGUUAUGCCUAAAACAUAGCCUUGUUAUAUCAAGUAUACAUUUUAAAAGAGCAUGGCUAUGUUCAAUUCCAGACAAAAUUGUAGGAUUCAAAUGUAGCAUUUAUCUUUUUAUUAAUUUAUUGAUAAAACAAAUUAAAAGUAAUUAGCAUUGA